CUUCCUGUCAUUUCUUUGGUCUUUUUUUUUUUAUUAUUGUUAUCAUCUAUCUUGGUGCGGCGUUUCGUCGAAACAACUUAUAACAAAAAUUGUCUGUGUUUUUGACCUUCUAUCUCUUUCUAAUCAUUGUGCCUCAGCUAAGCUUAAAUCCGACAGUUGCAAAAUAGAAAAAAGUCAAUCCUCAGAAAAAAGAGAGGAAAGAUGACACAAAAAUCAACAAAUAGUAGUAGCCAAGAUAAGUUUAAACAUUCGCAGCAACAACAACAGCAACAACAGCAGCAGCAUCAUCAGCAGCAACCAACAACCAGACAACAAAGGCAACAACAGCACCAAAGGAAUCAAAAUGGUUUACCUGUGUCCAUCCACCCCGAUGAUGCGAAAGAUAAAGUGUUCACAGCUAUUUUAAAGGCGUUGUUAAAAAUGGGAAAUAAGCCUAGCUCACCAAAAGAGCUAGCAAAUAUCAUAGUUAAAUAUAAAUAUGCUACGCUUGGUGGCGCGACUCCAUUUGCUACGGUUUCUUCACGUAUUUCGCAACAUUUUAAAAGAGCAGCAGAGCAUAAUCCUCCUAGGCCACCUUUGUUAGCCAAACAUGUGGAUCAAAAUCAUUCGAGAAAGAUAAAUUAUUCUUUAGCCACAACUAGUACUACCACUCCUGCCAACGAUACGACAGAUAGUAGCACUGAUACGGGCAAGUCUGCGAUAUCUCCUGAAGCACAUGAUAAUAACAAUACCGCCGAUGCCGCAGCAUCAUAUACAUCUACGAAUGCAUCUUUGCCCACUCCUAAUAUAAAGUCCUCACUACGAAAUGCGCGAAAAGAUAAAUUACGACAACAGCCAUCACAAUCGUCCAACACUUCACUGCAACAUCAUCGUGGAAAACGGUCCAAAAUGAGCAGCGAUGAUAUUUGUAGUGGCGAUGAAAGUACUGACGAAGAAGGAGAUGACAGCAUAACAGAAAAUAGAACCAUUCAUCACGCAUCCAAAAAGCACAAAACAUCACAUCAAUACCCUUAUCGGUCACCACCACAGUUACUCGUUAACCAUGGAUCAGAUAUUGGAGAAGUUGAGGAUGAGGAAGACGACGAAGAAAUAAUGAGUAAUUUCCAUACCAGCGUCGUUAAGGAAGAGGAUGAAAGCGAAGAAAGUGAGGGCGAGCAUUCUGAUUACCACGAGGAAAUGUUGAAGAGUGACGAUCUAAACUUAUUGACUACGCAACCCUUGAAAAACAUAAGAAGACCUUCUUAUUUAAAGUUGAGCACAAACCAUACAUCGAGUAAAGGUAGCUUAGGUAGCAAUGAUGCCCCCUCUAUAUCAGCAGUCGUAACAAAUGCUCCAACGACAGCUGCGACUGCAACAGGCAUGUCGUCCGUGCCAUCUCAUUUGUCGCCAGCGAACAAAGCUGGUCUUUUACCUCAGCCAUUGGAAAGCAUAACGGCUGCAAGAAAACCUUCAUUUUCGCUAGGCGACCAGGAGUUUUGGACACCUUUCAGUUUUGAGCAUGAUUUUGAUAACGUUUUCUUAAAUCACGAUACCGCAACCUCUGCUACCAAUAAUACCGGCGCAACUACCGCUGCCAUAACAACGAUCCCACCUUCUUCUAACACUUCACAUUCUGCUACACUGAAUCCAAUAAUUAAUCCUACCGUUCCAUUUAAUAUCGCUACUCCUGAAUCCAUUUCUGUUUCAGAGUUAGAAACUUACUUUGCAAAUACACCAUCACCUUCUUCGUCGUCCUCAACAUCGUCACAGAUAGGAAACACACCAUCAUUAGCAAAGCAAUCAAAUAGCCACAACCACACUAUCAACAGAAGUCCAUUGUCAAAGGAUGCUUCUAAAGCUCAAAGCAAUACGAAAGAUGAUAACAAAUUUAACAAAUCGAAACGAAAAAGCUUUUCAUCAACCAUGCUAGGACCCCAUGACAAAUCGUUAUUGCAAAAGGUACUAUUAACGAGUGCUGCUAGAGGUGUAGCUGAUAAAAUUGAUGAAGAAGCAGAAGAGGACGAAAUAAAAGAGACAAAACGGAGGUGCGAUGAAGAGAAAGCAGAAGAAGUUGACCAUCAACAGAUGGAGGGCAAAUCAACAGUCAGUAAAGAAAAUGAGACUCUCAUAAAUGUCAACAAUGAUUCUUCACCAUCAACUGCUGAACAAGAAAAACAAAAACCUACAACUGCAGUAAUGAAAGAAAAAGAGAAAGUCUCUUCCCCACAGCCAACAGCUAGUGUUAUUAAUAGUAGUAGCUCGAUAAACGUAACAAACAUGACUAACGGCGAAGAUUUUGUCAAAUUCGAGGAUGACGAAAAGAAGGAAGAAGCAGUGACAGCACCAUCAACACCAACGAUUUCUUCUUCAUUACAUCCACCGUCUACCACGUCAGCUAACAAAACACCACUACCUAUCAAUAGUACAACUACCAAAUCACCCGCGCCGAUUUUGCCAGCUCCUGUUACGACAGCUUCACCAGUAAAAAAGAUGGCAGAUAUACUGCCUGCUGCUACACCAAACGCUACAGCAGCAAUGUCAUCGGUAGCCAAUACUAAUACCAAUACUAACACAAAUGCGUCUACUUUAGCUGCAGCCGAGUUAUUUAAAAACAAUUUAUCAGCCAUUCAUCAACUCACGUCAUCAAUACCAUCUUUACAAUAUUUAACACCUACUCUAGAUUUAGCAAAAGUUAUGGCUAUUUAUAUGCAAACACUCGCUAAAACCGCUAAUGCAUCUAAUGCAGCAUUAUCCUCAACCUCCUCCUCUUCAGCAUCUGGUACUGUUCCACAGCAACAGGCGAAUAAUUAUGCUAUGGAUCUGAAGUCUAUUUUGGCUCGGUUUCCUGCUCUGGAAGCCUUUCUCAAAAAAGAUCCUGCCACAUCAACAGCAUCGUCUUCUGCGACGGUUACUACAGCUGUGGCAACCUCUGCUGCUACAACAGCCACACCAUUCAUUUCGGCUGCUGUUGCACCUUCUGGUUUGUCAACACCACCACUUGUAUCACCUACAACAACUGAUUUUUCACAUCAAACGACUACUUCAACAACUGCUCCGUCUACUCCGACCACGCCAACUUUUACUGUUACAACUGCUCCACAAAUGACCUCAAAUGUCUCAUCCACAACUACUGCUGGCGGUAGUACCAAUACCCAUCACUCUUCAUCAGCAAGCGCUGCUUCUACAUCUUCAACAGCAGCCACCACUACGAUGAACAAUCCUUCAGUGACCGCUACUACUGAACCUGUGAUUCAACCUCUUACACCGACGAAUCCACCCAUGUACAUUACGGUUGUAGAUCAUAUUGCUGUUUGUGUUGUUGUGUUGCCCAAAACUGAUACUACCCCUGAAUACAGAAUUAUGAGACGUAUUGAUACCAACUUUAUUAACGGUACAGUGUUACUGACAGCAGGUGGGAUUGAAACAGAAAGUGAACGUAGUAUGAUACUUAGUUUCGAAAUGGAAAGAAUUCGUAUGCCACGAAAGAAGAGUAUACUGUUUGGGACAUGGAUUCCGUUGAGACGAGCACAAGAAUUGGCGGUAACAUGUUCGAUACAGCACAAGCUGGGUCAUUUUUUGGAUGACCGGAUAGAUACGUUAUUCCCUUCGCCAUUACCUUUACCUUUACCCCCUCAUCAUCAUCAUCAUUCAACUCAUGCACUGUUAAAGAAUAAACGUGGAGUGGUGGAUCAUCGUUGGACCGCUUUGGCUUUAGCAGCUUUGAAAGAAACAAGUGCUAAUGCUGCAGCUGUCGCAGGCAAUGGUGGUUUAGUAACAGCUAAACGACAACCAUUUGUAGUUCCUCCCAUUUCUCGUCAAUCUUCAUCGUCGGGUAGUAUGGUGUCUGCUCAGUUGCAAGAAUUAUUGAUGGCUCAUCCUCAUAAAGCCCUCAAAUCGAAUGGGAAAACUUUUAUAAAUGAUCCUACUAUCAGUGGACCUGCUUCGCCAACAACACCUGCUGCAACUACUUCGGCAUCACUGCUGAUGGGUACAUCAAAACCACUUAAAGGUCUAAGCAAAGGAAAAAAGAAGGAAAAGAAGGCGCUGUCAAAAGCAGGAGAAAAGGACGAUAGUAGCGAUGUUGAUAUUGUGAAUACAAGUGACUCUUCACCUACUUUGUCUUCUGAUGAAUUAAGCGAUGUUGAGUCAACAACAGCUACAGCUACCACUAACACAGCCACUAAGAACGCUACCGACGUUGCUUCCAUUGCCAAUGUGCCAACGUCGUCCGCUUCAGCUUCAUUAUUGAAAAAUUCUAAAUUACUACAGUUGGAAGAGCUUCUAAGCCGAGUCGCGGCGUCUAAACAGCAACAGCCACUACAUGUUCAUCCUCGCGACUUACAAAAGAAACGAAGAAGAGAUUCCAUUGGUAGUUCUCCAGCAGUCAGCCGAAGUUUGAAAGACGAUGAAUCUGAUAUACUGCAAAAAAAGUCAAACCAGUCAAAUGGUGCCAAGUCUACAAAAAGCUCUGAGCAUAGCAGGAAAAGAGCCAAUACUGGAAGUCAAAGUAGUAAUGGCAGUGGUAAAUGGUCUGCAUCUACAGCUAGUAGUAAGAGAUCCUCAGCAGGAGGCAGCAGUAGCACCAGCAGCGGUGGCACAACUAUUACAAUUAAAAGGUCUGCCUCUACGACGAAUGGUAAGAAGGGUGGAAGUAAGUCUAAACAGCAGCAACAACAGCAACAAACGUCUGCGCAGCAUCAGAAAAAGACAGCAGUGGAUAUUGUAGAUAAGGUCGAAAAUGAAAGAUUAGUGAAUAAGACGAUUGUUGAAAACCCCAAAUCUUCUGCAAUCCCAUCUACUACCAAUACCAAUACAUUUACAAGUACGAAUAAUAUCAGUAAAACAACUAAUAAUAUAACCCAGCAUGCUAUAAAGAACAAUAGUAAUAAUAGCGCUAUGACAGUGUCUUCUUCUGCUGUGCAUUCGGCAACCAUCACAGGCGGAACAACAAUAAAACUUGAACAUAAUGAAGAAGAUGAAGAAGAUGACGAAGACAUCGAUAUUGGUGGCAGCGAUUGCGAUGAUGAUUUACGUUAAUUCUUUUAUAUACUAUCUUUUAAUGGCAUAUAUAAUAUAUCCCUUUUUUUCUAUCAUUAUAAAAAGAACGAAAAGCAUUUCUGAUAUUCUUGAACUUUCUGGUCCUAGUCAAGCUCGACGGCCUCCAACUUUAAUACAUUUGCACGCUUC